CGUAUGCCAUAUAAAACAUGGGCUAGCUGGCCAACAUUUCAGCUUAUAGUAUUUUCUUGAUUGUACUCAGAUAAAUUUCCGAAAUCCAAAAGUUUGAAAGAAAAUCUUCAAGAAUAUAGAUCUUGAUAUAUGCAUCCAUAGAUACGUACAUAUAGAGAGAGAGUGAAAGAAAGAGAGAUGAAUAAAUCGAUGGAGAGUCCAGAUUCAUCCACAGGAGUUUCACAGCAGCCCCACUUGCCACCAGGGUUCCGCUUCCACCCCACGGAUGAGGAACUCGUGGUGCACUACCUCAAGAAGAAGGCUGCCGCUGCUCCUCUGCCGGUGUCCAUCAUAGCUGAAGUUGAUCUAUACAAAUUUGAUCCAUGGGAGCUCCCAGCUAAGGCGACGUUUGGAGAGCAAGAGUGGUACUUUUUCAGUCCGAGGGACAGGAAGUACCCUAACGGGGCUCGGCCUAAUAGGGCUGCGACUUCUGGAUAUUGGAAGGCCACCGGAACUGAUAAGCCGAUUUUGAGUGCCGGAGGGACUCAAAGAGUAGGGGUUAAGAAGGCAUUAGUUUUCUAUGGAGGGAAGCCUCCUAAAGGGAUCAAAACUAGUUGGAUCAUGCAUGAAUAUAGACUCCCCGACAAUAAACUGAACACAAAGCCUCCUGGGUGUGAUUUUGGUGGCAGCAAAAAGGGCUCUUUAAGGCUUGAUGAUUGGGUUUUAUGCCGGAUUUACAAGAAGAAUAAUUCACAAAGGCCUAUAGAUCAAGAAAUAGGGGAUGAUCUGAUAGGAUCAUUGGCAAUUGGCCAACAGAAGCUGCAGCAUCAGCAGGGACUCAAGCUCUCAAACUAUGGCGGAUUUCUCGAAAAUAAUGAACACAACAUGUUUUCUGGAAUGAUUAACGCUGCAAAUGAUGGAAUCAACACUAGCCUAAUUUCUCUAUCAGCCUCAAAACCACUUCUUCCAAUGGCACUCACACCAGCAUCAAGUACUUGUACUCUCCCAGCUAAAAGGACGCUUUCGAAUCAGUACUGGAACGACGAAGAAGUAGGUGCGAAUUCUCGUCUGAACAAGAAAUUUCUUGCAGAAAAUUGUGAUGGAACCAAUUCUAUUCCCACCAUCUUCAGCCAAAACCCUUCACAGCCAAUGUCGGGAUCUCUUGGUGAUGGCAUUUUUCGCCAGCCAUAUAAUGUUACAGGCAUGAAUUGGUACACCUAGACCAAGAAUGGAAGUCGAUUUGCUUUUAUAAAAAAUUAACGGGAUUCAGCCAAUUGUCAGAUUCAGAUGAUUUAAAGUUUUCUUGGGCAAUUUUAGGUGAGGCCGUAUAUAUUACCAGUCAUUUUUAAUUAUAUGUAAUUGACACUUUAUAUGUGUAUCUUUGAUUACUAAAUGAAAUAUUAUUGUGUAGAAUUUGU